AUGUCUGGACGCGGAAAGACCGGAGGCAAGGCUAGAGCCAAGGCUAAGACUCGCUCCUCCAGAGCAGGUCUGCAGUUCCCCGUGGGUCGUGUCCACAGGCUGCUGAGGAAAGGUAACUACGCUGAACGCGUGGGUGCCGGAGCCCCAGUGUACCUGGCCGCCGUGCUGGAGUACCUGACGGCUGAGAUCCUGGAGCUGGCUGGCAACGCUGCCCGCGACAACAAGAAGACCAGGAUCAUCCCCCGUCACCUGCAGCUGGCUGUGCGCAACGACGAGGAGCUCAACAAGCUGCUCGGAGGAGUCACCAUCGCUCAGGGAGGCGUUCUGCCCAACAUCCAGGCUGUGCUGCUGCCCAAGAAGACCGAGAAGCCCGCCAAGGCCAAGUAAACCUGCCUGGAAACCACAAACCCAACGGCUCUUUUAAGAGCCACCCACAUCUGUCUAAAGAGCAUUUUCCCAUUACAUGAAUAAGUUUAGUUAUAAAUUUAUCAGUAAAAUUAAUUGAAGCGCGACUGAGUAAAGAUUACUACCCUAAUUAAGAUUUAGGAGUACAGGGCACAAACUUACAACUUCCCCUUUCAGCUAUUGAUUGCCAAUUUUCUUUGCAAAAUUCAGAAAAAGGGAUCUUAGAGAAGCAUCUUUACCCAGUAGCUAAAACAAUACGACCACCAUUCACACCAAAUGCUGUUGAAAUAAAAUUACAUGGUUGGAUUAUACUAUCAAGAAAUGCAAAAAAAAAAAGAUGAUGUAUGAAGGUCACCGAAAAGCAAAAGAAAUGUCGCCAAUUGCUUAUCAAGCAAACUUAUUUAUAACUUGUUUCUCAGCUUCUGUCACAGCACUAGACCUGUGGUCUGUAACACGACUAACAAAUCAAAUAUUAAAAAAGAUGACCUACAGCAGAUUGCAUGUGCAAAGGGAACAUAUUUGGCUAAAUAAAGUCAUAUUUUUAAAA